AUGCAGACAUCGAAGGUGAAAUCUAACAACUUCCUCUGCGCUCCGCGCACAUCGUUCAACUAUACUGUGGAGGAGGCGGCACACCAUGCACAGCAUGCGAAUGAAGAUGCGCUCGCCAUGAAGAAGGCUCUCGCAAAGGACCAUUCGCUGACGGCCCAAGAGGCCAGAUUCUUUUCGAUGUUGUCAACUCCUUUGACGUUCUUGACCAGCACUUUUGCCAUUACCGCGGCCUAUCUGGAGGUGCAGAAUGGUUGGAUGCUGGCGCAGAAAGCAAAGAUGCUCAAAGAAACUUUGCGCGGAAACCAUGGAAUGAGCUGCGGAAGGCGGCAUUUCGCCGCAGCGCUGGCAGUUUGCACAGUUACAGUGGCUGCGAGUUGCCAGGCUACUGAAGUAUCGGCUGUCGUUGGGGGUCUUACCGUACAUCUCGCAGUGCCUGCUCUGUUGGAAGGAGACAGCUUUCAGAGGUCCUGUGAAUCACUCCGGGCAGGAUUUGAAGGCUUCAUCCGCGUCUCCUGCUUCGGCUCGCAGCCAGUGCCGACGAUCCGGUGCCAGGCGAAGGGGUGCUUGGCGGGUCAGCGCGCCCCCGCCAGGAUCGGUGACAGUGCCGAACUCCUUCCGGCUGCGAUCGAAAAAGGACUUGCCCAUGGGAAGGAAGAGUUCCUGCCCUGCAGGACGCUGAAGGAAGGGCUCGAGGGCUACAUCCAUCUCAGAUGUUCGCUUGGGGUUCUGAGUGCCGACGCUGCAAGCUGCCGUUCCACACCACGAGGUGCGCGGACAGCGUACCGCUUGCUGAACGCGGAUUUCCUUCCAGGAGCCUGGAGAGUGUUCGAGGCUCAUUUCUACGACAAUGCAGAUUGCCAAGGAGGCCGCUGGAUGGGUGAGCUUUACGGGUCCUCCGAGGAAGCAGAGUCUGGUUGCCUUGGCUUUCGAUGGAAAUCGUACAUCGCGCCGUUGCAGCAGUUCAUGCAGAAGAUAGCUUCGCUAGUUAGUCGGCUGAUCUCCGAUGUGUUGGGCCGCGGUGGCAUUGCCAGCAGUGUCUUGGAUGGGGAGGCAGGCAUUGGGCAGUUUUCUGAGGCGUACUUGUUCGGUGGUCACGACGGCGAGAUGCCGCUGAAAGUCGUGGAGUCUUUCCGUCCCUCCGAGAACCUCGAAGACCGGGGCGAGUGGAAGGAGCUGCCGCCGAUGCUGGCCAGACGCACGUAUGCCUCUGCAUCGGAGCUUGAUGGGAAGAUCUACGUGAUGGGAGGCAGUGCCGACGGACGUACGCUGAACACGUUUGAGGUCUUCGAGCCCAAGGCCGGACAGUGGGAUCAGUGGUUCACAAAGCCACCGAUGAACAUCAAGCGGACCAUGCAUGCUGCCGCAGUGGCAGAUGGCCGCAUCUAUGUGGCCGGGGGGUUCGACGGCAUUCGUGACCUAUCCGCGGCGGAGAUCUACGAUCCCAGGAGCAACAGCUGGAGUUCCCACAUAGAUCCCAUGAGCGUGCCCCGAUCGUAUCACUGCAUGGUGGCUGUCCAGAACUGCAUCUAUGCAAUCGGAGGUCAGCAGCGGCAGGUGAAAGCGGACCGUCCUCGCGCGCACAGCUCCGUGGAGGCCUUCGAGCUCUACUGUGAGAGGUGGCUUGAGGCUCCUCCGAUGUCCACCGGACGCAUCGGGGCAGGAGCUUGCCUGAUGGAGGAUGAGAAUGGCAACAACUUCAUCUAUGUCACCGGUGGCUCUGAUGGGGAUACUGUGCUGCAAUCUGGGGAGGUAUUUGAUGUCAAGCGGCAAACCUGGCAGGAGCUGCCACCCAUGGCCUUCCCGCGAAUCGCGCACACGUCGUUCGUGCUUAAUGGAAAGCUAUAUGUGGCAGGGGGCAUCGAUGGCAAGGUGCCCCUGGAAACCUUUGAGUGCUUCGACCCCUCCACGAAGACAUGGAGCGCACCCAUGCGAUUAG